AAUUUGGGAACGUUUAACCACAAAGUUUCUGAGAUUUGAUGGAGUUUUUGGUGCGUGCGGUGUUGUGUGUGGAAAUUAAAUUGAUUUUCAGUGAGAAAAAUGCGUGAAAACUGUGAAAAUUCAACCCCAGGAUCGGGUUAAAGGUACCCCAAACUCAUUUGUGGAGAAAAACGUCCAAAAACAUUGAAUUAAGUGCGUGAAAAACGAGGAAGAAAAAAAGAAAAGACAAAAGUGCUGAAGGAAAAAAAGCCAUGAUGGAGAUUUUUAAUGAAAGUCUGGAGGAUAAUUUGAUGGGGGACUAUCAAGUGCCCGAAUUGAUGGUCUUCCGUCCAACAUGGGAAGAAUUCAAGAAUUUUGGGAAAUACGUUGAAUAUAUGGAGUCCCAGGGAGCGCACAAAGCGGGCCUUGCUAAGGUCGUUCCCCCAGUCGAAUGGGUUCCGCGUAAGGCAGGUUAUGACAUUGAUAAAAUGAACAUAACAAUUCCGGCUCCAAUUUGUCAAGCCGUUGCCGGGAAGAAUGGCUUGUAUCAGCAGAUAAACAUUCAGAAGCGCUCAAUGACAAUUCAGCAAUUUGCGGAAAUGUCCAAACAGGAAGCCUACCGUACGCCGCCACAUUAUAGUUUUGACGAUUUAGAGCAAAAGUAUUGGAAGAACAUUAAGACGGUGGCCCCAAUUUACGGGGCAGACGUGAGUGGGACGCUGACUGAUCCGGAAAUGAAGGAAUGGAAUAUUAGUAAGUUAGGGACGAUCUUGGAUCUCGUCAAUGAUGACUACGGGAUUCAAAUUGAUGGCGUCAAUACGGCCUAUUUGUACUUUGGCAUGUGGAAGACGACGUUUGCAUGGCACACCGAAGAUAUGGAUUUAUAUUCAAUCAAUUACCUCCAUUUUGGUGCCCCGAAGACCUGGUACGCCGUCCCACCGGCCAUGGGGAGGAGAAUGGAGAAAAUGGCAAAUUCCUACUUCAAGGCCAGUCACAACAACUGCAAUGCCUACCUCAGGCACAAGACGACACUCAUUAAUCCGCAAAUACUGAAGAAGCACAACAUUCCAUACAAUAAGAUAACACAAGAAGCGGGGGAGAUCAUGAUAACAUUUCCCUUUGGUUACCAUUCGGGCUUCAAUCAUGGCUUCAAUUGUGCCGAAUCCACAAAUUUCGCUUUGCCACGGUGGAUUGAGUACGGCAAGAGGGCGAGUCAGUGCUUUUGCAUCAAUGACAUGGUUAAAAUUUCCAUGGAUACCUUCGUGAAGCGUUUCCAACCUGAACGGUAUGAGGCAUGGCUCAUGGGGAAUGAUAUUGGUGUCCAUCCCGAAGGUCCAGCAAAUGUCAUUUUACCGGCAAAUCCUCCGUCUGAGCAGGAUUUGCUCUGCAAUAAGGGCAAUCCGCUCGUGCAGGAAAUCCUCAAGAUGAAUCGUCAAUGCAACCCAACGUUGGGGACAUCGAGUAAGUCCUUCAAGGAACGCAAUCCAGAUCUCGAUAUGGAGGACAUUGAGAACAACCCUUAUAUCCCGGAAGAUGUGCGUUCUACCCUCACUGGGGCAUUGACAAUUAAGAAUCCCGACGAGGAACGGUAUGAGCCAGAAGAUGCAGAUGCAGAUGGUGGAGAUGAUGGGCAUGUUGAUAGGAAGCUAAUGGACUUUAUGUAUGAUUCAGACGAAGAAUUCCGGAAGAAGCGGUCAAAGAAGAAGAAGAAACGCAAGAAUUCGGAGGAAUUGAGUGACGAUGACUACGACUGGGGGGAGAUGCAGGAGCUGAAGAAGCGCGGGAAGAGACUCCCAGGGCAACCACCUAGAAAACGUGGAAGGAAACCCAAAUCUCAGGAAACGUCAGAGGAAGCAGCCACCAAUGGAGAGAAUAAUAUAAAGAAGGAACGACCAAAGAAGCCCAAAACAUCAGAAUUGGAAUUGCUGAAUGUGAAUAAACCGGAAAUUGUGGGGAAACGCGAAAGGAAACCAACGGCACAGGUUAUGGCAAAUUUGGAAUCGGAGAAGAUUCUCAAGCAGAUUUUGGAGCCAAUGAGGAAAUUCCACGGGAAGAUACCAAAAACGAAGACCCCACAAAUCCCGGCGGAACUGCUUAAACCCAAAGUUAAGCCCGAAGUUAAGGCUGAAAUUAAGCCCGAAGUUAAGGUGGAAGUUAAAUCUCUAGAACAAUCCGAAAUGAAGAAACAAUUGACGAUGAUGGAAAAAGAAGAAGAAAAUUUCGUGGUUCCAAUGGAAAUUUUCAAUGAAAAUUUCAUAAAGCCAAAUGAGGAAUUAAGAAAGGAGGAACCGGCGGUGGUUGAAGAAGUUGUGAAGAAGGAGCCAUCAGCUAAUGGUGAACAGCAAAUGGAAGAGAAGACAUUGCUGCUGAAUGUAAAACCCGGAAGUAUUUGCCGGACGUACGUGAAGAAGGGGCCAAAACCCAAAGUUGUGGUCCAUUUAACAGCAGCCGCGGGUGGUGGGGCGGAGGCUAAUGGGGUGGCGGCAGCAGCAGCAGCGAGUUUGCGCACGGAUGUUGUUGCUGGGCAAAAGCCGAAGUCACAGCCGAGGCCGCGAAAGACACCGCAAAAGAAAACGCCACCAUCCACCAUGUCGAUGACCCCAGUGGGUGUCAAAAGUGUUGCAGCAGCAGCAGCCGCCGUUGUAGCAGCUAAACCAACGCUGGAAAUGGGAAAAGUUAAUAAUAAAAUUGUGGACAAUUCAGCGGGUAUCAGGAGCCUCACGGAGACCCCCUUUGGUUCCUAUGGGAAGCCCCAAAAUCCAGCCUCACAAACAGCUAUGCCGAAGUCAGAAAAAUACGAUUAUUUGCCAAUGACAAAUGCCGCCGCCGCGGCUGAGAUGAAUCAACAUGUGGCGAAUGCAAUGAUGAAUCCCAUGAUGAAUUCAAUGGUUAAUUCAAUGAUGUCCUCAAUGAUGGGCAAUUCAGCGGCCAUAAAUCACAGCAGUGCGGUGAAACCUGCUGCCGCCGGCGCUGGCGUUGUUGGGAAUCCAAUGAUAAAAGCCGGCGUCAAUCAACCGUUGUCGUAUCAAACACCUGCGCCCGUUAAGAUUACAAAGCCACCGCAGCAGCAACAGCCGGCGGCGGUUGUUAAGCAGCAGCCGGUUGUUGUGCAGGCGCCAGUUGUGACGGCGCCGGUGAAGAAUGACGUGAAACAGACGCCCGCGACGCCGGCAAAGCCACGAACAAUGAAUUCGAGUAUGUCGUACUUGAGUGCUUUCAAUGAAUUCCUCGAGUCAAGGAAGACACAGGGCGGUGGGACGACAACACCAACGCGCGGCAUUAGUAUUAUGGGCACGAAAACACCGGCGGCGCCGCAGAAGAUGAGCGGCGGCGGAGGGAUGAAGGAGAAGACGCCCCCGGAGACGGUGGCGGUGCUCAAAAGUGAGGCACAGCAGAUCCAGGUGAGACAGGAAAUGCCACAGAAUCGAUUGGAGCUGCCUGGAGCAGGUGAGAUUCCGCAUCUUGCAUCGGGACAGCAGUCAAAGGGAAAAACUUCUGCUGCAUCGACAAAUCGUCGGCGGAAGACGCAACAGAAGCCACGACAGAUAAUUAAGAAUCUCGACCAUCAGUUCAAUCAGGAGGAUGGCUAUACGCCAAAUCUCAUGGUGAGCAGUCUCAUGAACAAUCGUACGCAGGGUCAAGGGCAGCAGAAUCAGCAGCAGGGUCAGCAGCAGCAAAUGCAGAACUUUGAUCUCUACCAAACAUACCAAACGCUCAGUGAGUUCCAGGAGCAGCAGCAGCAGCAGCAGCCAGCAACGAGUACGAUGACAAUGCUCGGUUCUAGCAUCAUUGCGUCCCAGCAGGCCCUUCAAUCGUCCCUUGGGCUCAACUAUACGAAUCCAGCGGCUCUCAAUGCGCUCUAUUCCACCUUCCCGACACCGGCAAAUCGCAUGGGAUUGCUGACGGAUGAUAAUUAAUCAAAAGAAUGGAGUGAAGAAGAAGGAGAGCGUCCGGAGAGGCUCAGAAAAAGUCUCGAAAAAUCCUGACUGAAUGGAAGGAGCCGGAAGUCUCUUAAGGUAGGAAAAGUUUCCUCUUAAACGUUUUUUUUAUUCUUCUGUUUUUUUUUUUUUUUAUAAAGAGAUGAAUUUAAAAUUUUUUUAAUAAAAUGAAGAGAUUCUUUUAAAA